AUGCCCUGCUAUGCCCCACAACGCCCUGCUAUGCCGUACUAUGCCCCGCUACUUCCUGCUAUGCCCCACAAUGCCCUGCUAUGCCCCACAACGCCCUGCUAUGCCGUACUAUGCCCCGCUACUUCCUGCUAUGCCUUACAAUGCUCUGCUAUGGCCCACAACACCCUACUGUUCCCCCCAACACCCUGCUAUGCUCCAAUAUGUCCCACAACGCCCUUCUAUGCCCUACUAUGCCCAGCUGCGGCCUGCUAUGCCCUGCAACACCCUAUGACCUGCUAUGCCCCACAAUGCUCUACUAUGUCCUGCAACACCCUGCUAUGCCCCACAAUGCUCUACUAUGCCCUGCAACACCCUGCUAUGACCUGCUAUGCCCCACUAAGCCCCUCUUAG